AGCCUUGAGCCCAAAGAAGUUCUCUCAGUUCGACUGCGCGCGCGAUAUUCUACUGUUCUAAACGCAUCCGUGGAAAAAAAGUUUUCGCGGAUGCCCGUAAACAUUGAGAAAUCACCAUAUGUUCCUGGAGUUAUGACAGAAAGAAAGUGAAGAAUUUGUGAUCCUUUAGGUUUUCACCCCGUUUCUAAGUUUUAAAUCUAAGUUUCUGAAGUGUGUGCUGUCCAGUUCUGCGAAUGAAAGCUUAUUUGGGUUAAGUGAUUAAAAGUUGUUCUGGAUUUGAGAUCUCCACGUGUUUUGUUUAUUUGUGAAAUAAAGUGGACUAUGGCAUCGUAGAAGACAGUACGAACAAAUUUGAAAAUGUUUCGGAUAGCUUUGUUUAUACUUUUGGCAAAUUUGGCGCAAGGCCAAAUAGUGUUAUAUGCCAUCUUUAAUACUGCUGGUCUUCGAGGCAACAUAACAUUCCACCAACGGCCUGAUGACACCAACGUCACCAUCUCUGUGCAUCUAAGUUCGCUAAGUCCAGAGCCCCGUUCUUUUGCUUGGGGCAUCUACUCUUUCCCAGUCUUUUUCGAUUCCAGUGCCCCAUGUUCCUCCGCGGAACUUGGCUCCACUUUCCAUGAUCUUGCCAAGCGCCAUGGAUCCAUUAUGGUACCUGCACCUGAUGGGAUGCCACAAGUAUUUACAGACUCUGAAAUUCAACUUCGUGGAGCCAAUACCAUUUGGGGCCGAUCUCUGUUGCUGCGUAGCACUGCAUACAGCACUGACCUCAGGGCUUGCGCCAACAUUGCAACUGACGGCGAUGCCAAAACAGUGGAAGCGACCUUUUCUUCACCAGUGGCAGGAACUGUCAUCUUCCGCCAAAGUGAGCUAGGAGAGACCACGAUCUUUGCCAAUAUCUUUCACAUUACAGAGGAUUAUACACCUUCCACUAAUCAUGAAUGGAGGAUUCUGGCAACGGAUAUCCUUGACACGUCACGAGAGAUUUCGAGGAAAAGAAGAUGCGAAUACUUGCAGGUUCUCUUUGAUCCGAAUAAUGUGGAUGAUACAAAUUGUUCCCAGUCGUCUCAUGAAAAUUGCAAAAUAGGAGAAAUGACCCGGAAGCACGGAGAAGCAACGGUUGGAGCCACCAAUUCAAGAUAUUCGAAAAGGUUCUACGUAGACACCAACCUGCCCUUGUCCUUCGCAGAAGUUGGUCUUCGUUCCCUUUACUUAGUACUAUACGAGAGUGGCAAUGCCUUCCGCAUCAUGGCCUGUGCCCCAUUGGUAUCCGUCAAGCCCAAAGAAGUUAAGGCUUUCAUUAGUGCCGAUUCUGUUAAGGGUCAUAUUCUACUCAGCCAGAGCUACCGAACGCAACCCACUGUGGUUACCGUUCAGUUGCACAAUUUGAGAGGAAGAGGGUCAGAAUUCAAGAUACACGAGUUCCCCGUUCUACCAAAGCUCAAAGGUGGGGAAAACUACUGCCAGUCGAAAUAUGUAGGAAACGUUUACAAUCCAUACGCGAUGCCAGAUGAGAAGAUUCCUCAACCUGGUACAGGCUCUGGCGAUCAGUAUCCAGUUGGCGAUUUGAGCGGCAAGUUUGGUCUUCUGGAUGCCAGCCCGCUGAUGAAUCUUCACCUGGGCAUUCACGUGGAUUUCAAUCUCCCACUUUUUGGUACAAAUAGUGUCAUUGGCAGGUCCAUUGUCAUCACCAAUACAGAGGGAGAGCCAUGGAUCUGCGCAAAUAUUGGGCAUCCUGGUCCCACGAGGUUGGCCGUGGCCACUUUCGUUUUCCCCUUAGCAGGGGAAGUGUUUUUCAGGCAAGAUGCCAAGAAUCCCUACGGAGACACCACAGUCUUUGGAGAAUUUUAUUACAUAGAUGGAAGUGUCAAUGAUACUAUGGAGCACAGGUGGGAUGUACACGAAUUCGAACCAGGUCGAGAUUUUUAUAAUUGGACUAAGCGUUGUGAAAGCACAGGGGCACAAUACAAUCCAUUCGGGGUUGGAGCCGGAAGACAGUAUGAGCGGCAUUGCAAUCCAGAAAACCCCUUGAGAUGCGCUGCUGGAGAUUUAACAGGCAAAGGAUCACGCCUCAAUAUAGCCGCAAAGCAGACAAACGAUAAAAAUAUUCGCAACAGGAUCUUUUAUACAGACGUCCAAUUGCCACUGUCCGGACCAGACAAAAUUGUGGGUAAGGGGCUAGUUAUACACGACGACUACGCUCCACCCCAUCGAGGUGAUCGACUUGCUUGUUCUGGAAUUAGAAUCCGGCAUCCUGUGAAGGCAUCUGUGAGAGGCUGGAUCAGUGGUCCGGCCAUAGAAUCCAAUGUAUCUGGUGUUAUCCAGUUUUCUCAAGAAACGCCGUUCGAUAUAACUGAAGGAAAAGUGGAAUUAAGCGGAUUGGCUGGGUUGGCAGGAGGUUAUCAUGUUCAUAAGUGGUGGGUUCCCAUCAGCAAAGAGUUCCCUUGCACUGAUGACUCAGUGUCCGGACAUUUCAAUCCCUUCAACGUAAACGUUUCUCUGGGUCCAGCAGCAGGUGUUGGUUCUAAUGACCAAUAUGAGGCCGGAGACCUCAGCGGGAAGCAUGGAUCUCUGGAUGGUCAAGACAGCUACAGAUUGCCUGAAUUCCGAGACGCCAACCUGCCCUUACAUGGACCUCAUAGCAUUGUUGGACGCUCAGUAGUCGUUCACAAGAAAGCUAGGAAUUUCCGGUGGACCUGUGCUACGAUUCAACCAGACUACAAAAAAGAUGGUAUCCGAGAAGUUAUUGGACUGGCAUCUUUUCAUCGACCUGGCAUUUUUGUUGAAGGUUACAUCAGGCUGCGCCAACUGGAGUAUGCAGAUGGUGGACGAGGCGACACUUGGAUUGAAAUAGAUCUCCGUUAUCCUGGAAUGCACAACAGAAAUAUUACACACGGCCACGAGUGGGCUGUUUACGUUAAUCAAGUAGCUCACGAUGCAGUGGAGAAAGUGGAAUCCUCCAGAUGCAUAUCCUCAGGAUUCAGAUGGAAUCCGUACAUUGUAAAAUCUGAUGACGAUCUUUACAAAUCCGAAUGUAACCUUGAAAAUCCAUACCGAUGCGAAAUGGGCGAUUUGUCUGGCAGACACGGACCUCUCCACAUUGGAUUGGGAAAGAGAGUCUUCACUGAUGUCAAUCUUCCUCUGGUAGGAAAUUAUUCAGUAAUGGGACGUUCAAUAGUAAUCUUUGCAAAAGAUGGUUCGAGCAAUAAACUGUCUUGUGCUAACAUUCUUCCCGACAUUCAUCUGAUUCGUCACGUCACGGUUAAAAAGAAUCCAGGAUUCACGGUGGCAAGAUUUAUGGAGCAUAUGAGAGACCUUUUGGACACUAAGGAUUGGUUGGUGGUGCAAGAUACACAAUCACAAAGAGAGAUUCUGGAUGGUCAAUGUAUCCAGCUAACAGUCCACUUUUACGGCCCCGAUGCUCAUCGACUUCAAAUCGAAUUUAGUAAUCUCAUCAAUCUUGGAAGUGUGAAAAAGAGUACACGAGUUGGCAUGAAGCUCAUUGAAACUUACUACAAACCAUGUAGAAAUUUGAAUGAUGUAGAUUCAUCAGUUGCUUUUCAAGCAUCUCAGCUCCUUGUUCUAAUAAGCAUCACUGUAUUAACAAUUUUGCAGUAUCGCACUAGUUUGUAAAAAGAGUAAAUAAAUUUGGUGAUAAAGACCAAAACCUGAACUUGUAAAUACAAAUGAACUUUUAUUAAAAGUGAAACUCAGGCAUAGAAGACCAAAGCCAAAAAUUUUAUGGGAGAUAUUUUUAUUUGGGUGUGCUUUUGUAAAUAUCUCAUUAAAAAUGCAUUUGUUAAUUAUUGACAUUUUCAUUAUAUUGCACUUAAUAUAUAUGUAUUUUGUUACUCAAAUAUGUCAUUUAAUUUGUAUUUUGUUAUUCAAGUAUGUCAUGCAUGUAUUAUAAAUG